AUGGAAAACACAGGUGACGAAGUCGGCUGUCUUGCAGCUGAGAUAAAACAACCGAUAAUUGAUCUAAAAGAAAAAAUCAGGGCUAUUAAAGAACAGCUGGCGGAGCUAACGGAAGAAAUCAGGACUAUGAAAGUGAAGCAGUCUGAAGGACGGGUGUUUGGUGGAGGUAGGUGCUUUAAAGUUAGUCCGUCAAUCAGUCUGUGGCAUCCAUAUUGUAAUGUGCGCAUGAUCACAGUAUGGAAUGUGCGCAAUAGAAGUAAUAAAUUAUAUUAUUAUUAUUAUUAUAACUAAUAAUAAUAUUAUUAUUUAUUGUAAUACAUCUGUCGGAAUUUAUUACAAGGUACCAACAGAAACUUCAAGUUCGUUUUAACAAUUUGACCCUUGAGGUGAAUAAAAAGCAGUUGAAAGUCGCUAGUUAGGGCUUAAAAAGGACAAAUAAAUCGCUGGAAACACACGAAAAGUCGCUCUUGGUUAAAGCGACAGAUUUGUAAUGAAUGAACAACAAUCAAAAGCACAGAAAUUAUGACCUGUCAGUCUCGCAAACUAUAUGAGGCUCAUGGCGAGAUACCCGACUAAAACAGAGCUAGGAUUUACCUUUCUUGAGCCCAGAAUUGGUUGUAUAAGACAAAAUCACUUCACAAAACACUCACGAGGCGCUUUUACGCUUGAACACAAUAUUCUUUUAACACGUACGAGCACCACGACAUACCUGAAAUCUGUCAGGAAAUAACACAAUUAACCACGUUCGCGGCACUGAUAAACAAUUCGCGCCAGUCCCUUGCAACGCGAGUAUAAGUAAGAGCUCCACAUCUCAUUUCUGCCCAGUUCGUGUAAGCUGAAUCCAUUCGCUCUGUUAACCGAUUCUUGUUUUAUUAAGAUGGCUGACAAACUGGUUCCACUCCGGCCAAUGUUACACAAGCUCCAGCUCUGCUUCAAACAGCCCAAUCACGAGUACAGUGCGGAUGACUGACUUCCCCUCGCCUAUGUUUCGCUGGCGCUAUACUCCCAGUUUGUUUCCUGCCCUUCCCUUGGCUCCCGUAAGGUUUUUACACGUUAAUGUUUUGCUUUUGUUUUAUCCAGUAGCGGUGUUAUUCGUACUUUGCCUCGCUAUCUGCGGUUUGUGCAGUGUUUCCCUCAGCCCCCCGUAAAGUUUUAGUGCUUUCCCUUCGGCUCCCGUAGUUUGUUGCAUGCUUUCGUAGUUUAAUAGCCAUCUAUGUUGUGCGUUUUUUGCCUCACAAACACCGGCUUUGUGCAGUGUUAUUCCCUCGGUUCCCAUAAAGUUUGUUGCACGCUUGUGUUUAAUUUUGCUUUAUCCAGUAAUUUUUGUUUUGCGUGCUUUGCCUCACAAACAUCGGGUUUGUGCAGUGCUUUUCCUUCGGCUCCCGUAAAGUCAUUUACAGGCUUUUGUUACGCUUUUUUCAGAACUUUGUUUUGCGUGUUUUGCCUCACAAACACCGGGUUUGUGCAGUGCUAUUCCCUCGGCCCCGUACAGUUUGUUGCAGGCUUGUGUUUACUGUUUUGCUUUAUUCAGUAAUUUUUCGCUUUGCGUCAGUGUUUUGCCUCACAAACAUCGUGUUUGUGCAAUGCUCUCCCUUCGGCUCCCGUAGUAGCUCGUAGUUUGUUGCACGCUUUUGUUGUUAGUAAUUUAUGUUUCGUGCUCUUUGCCUCACCAACUUCGGGCUUGUGCAGUGCUUUUCCCUUCGGCUCCCCUCAAGUUUACACUCUUUUGUUUUUCUUUGUUUAAUCAGCUUGCUUUUGUUAUGGGUGCUUUGCCCAACAAGCUCCGGUUUGUUCAGUGAUUUUUCCCCGGCUCCCCUCGAAUUUGCACGCUUGAUUUUUUGCUUUGUAUUAUUCAGUUUUAAGUUUGUGUUUUGCGUUCUUUCCCUCACUAAUUGAAUCUUCCUUCGAUUCCUGUAAAGUUGGUUCAUCACUUUUGUUGCAUGGUCAAUCUGUUCGGCGUGUUUUAUUUCACUCUGUUUACAGUGGUGUUAUUUUCUCUGCCCCUGUAGAUUUUGAAUCAAUGUUUUCCUUUGCAUUUUUCUGUAAUUUGGCACGCGUGUUUCGCACGCGGCCUCCAGUUCUGCGGGUUUACUCCCUUGCCCCAGUGUAUUUCAUAGUUGUUUUUCUAUUCUUUAGUUUAUGUGUGCUAUUCGUUCCUCGCCUUUUCUGCCGUCAUUUCACAUGUUUUUCUUCCUGCGCUUCCAUGGUAGCCUGAAAGGGUGUCUAAUGCCCUAGUCGGAUUACUAACGCUCAGGCUGCCAUCCCUUGGGUGGGUUUUUCUCGCGUUUUCUUUUCGCCUUAGGUUUUCCUUUUUACCUUGGACCUUUAUCUCCAGUUUAUUUGCUUGUUGCCACUCAAGGGCUUGCAGCCUAUUCAUGUUUUACCACUCAGUCUUUUUGCUAUUCCCUGAAAGACCUCCUUGCCCCGCUCUCAGCAAGUAUCAGCAGUCUAGUUGUUUCACUAUACUCUGAGUUUAUGAGUACUUUUGUUCCACCCCUUC